AUGUCCCAAGGUUCAAGACUCCAAGGCAAGGUUGCUAUCGUCACCGGAGGAGGUGCUGGGUUUGGUGCAGCCAUCGCUCGACGAUUCGGCGAAGAGGGUGCCAAAGUAAUCGUUACCGAUAUCAACGUUGAGGGCGGCGAGAAAGUCGCUGCGCAGAACCCUUCAAAUCUCACCUUCCAGCGUCAAGAUGUUACACAAGAAGCAGACUGGAAUAUGGUUUUGGAUUUGGCAUUCUCCAAGUUUGGACGAGUGGAUAUAUUAGUGAACAAUGCGGGCACCACCUAUCGCAACAAGCCAACGUCAGAGGUCACAGAGGAAGAGUGGGAGCGCGUGUUUAAGGUCAACGUGAAGAGCAUUUAUCUCGCUACAAAAGCCUUGAUGCCGCGUUUCAUUGAGCAAGGCCAAGGCGGGUCGGUGAUCAACAUCUCUUCCACGGGAGCGAGUCGACCACGACCUGGAUUGGUUUGGUAUAAUGCUACCAAGGGGGCAGUCACUAAUGCCACCAAAGGUCUCGCCGCGGAGUACGGUCCCCACAAUAUCCGAUUCAACACUGUUGCUCCUCUUCUUUCUGGUACUGGACUGUUCUCUAUGUUCACCGGUAUGGAAGAUACCCCCGAGAACAGAGAGAAAUUUAUCGGAAAUGUGCCGCUAGGCCGACUCUGCGACGUGAAUGAUAUUGCCAACAUGUGCCUGUACCUGGCCAGCGAUGAGGCUCGUUUCAUCAACGGCACUGAAAUGGUGGUUGAUGGUGGAAAGUUGACAGCUACUGACUACAUUGUACAUAUCAUUCUGUAUCCAAACAUGACAUACGACUUUAAAUCCGUCCCUGUCAUCGACCUAUCCCUCGAGAAGUCACCCAUAACUCGGCCCAAGCUUCUCCAAGAACUCCACCAUGCCCUCACCUGCAUUGGGUUCUUAUAUAUCAAGAAUCACGAUGUUCCACAAGAUGUAAUCUCAAACCUGAAAUAUGCUCUCCCUACACUCUUCGCCCUCGAUGCGGCCGAAAAAGAAGAAGUGGCUUUACACAACUCUCCUCAUUUUCUGGGAUACAGCCCAGUAGGCUCAGAAACAACAGCCGGGGUUGCAGAUAAGCGUGAGCAGUUCGAAUUUGCAACCGAGCUGCCAGAUCUAUGGCACCUGGGCCUUCCUCUUUAUGAACGGUUAAAAGGACCGAACCAGUGGCCGUCAACAAACCCAUCUCUUCGAAUCAUCAUUGAAGAAUAUAUUCAUGAAUUAACGAACCUCGGCGAGCGAUUUUUACGUCUGGUCGCCGAAGCACUCUCCCUGAAUCCCGAGACUUUAUUCUCAUUCCUUUCGGAACAACACCGUCUCAAGAUAGUCCAUUAUCCCGCCUCAGAUCCUAGUUCAGAUUCCAACAUGCAAGGUGUGGGUCCUCACAAGGAUUCCUCUGGAUGGUGGACAUUUCUUCUCCAAGCAUCACCCCCGACUGUGAAGGGCUUACAGGCUCUCAACAAGACAGGCGAAUGGAUUGAUGUUCCUGCAAUUGAAGAUACGUUUGUUGUGAAUAUCGGACAGGCUUUUGAGGUGGUUACUCAUGGCGUUUGUAAGGCGACGACGCAUCGUGUGUUGUCAGGUUUCUCGGAGAGGUAUAGUGUGCCCUUUUUCCAGGGAGUGAGGGGGAGUUUGACGAAAGAGGAGGCAGUUGGGACGCUGAGGAGUCAUUUUGCUAUGCAAAAGAUGGCACUGGAGGCGUCGGAGGGAGCGAGUGUUGACUCUGCCUUUUUGAGGGGUAGGUAUGAUACUUGGGGCGAGUCGCAAUUGCGGACGAAGAUUCGGAGUCAUCGUGAUGUAGGGCGGAUGUUCUAUGCAGACGUGUUUCAUGAUUAUGUCAAUGAUGAUAGUUGA